CGCCGGCUGCGCGGGUUCGCCGAGCCGGGAGGAGGGAGCGCUGGCAACCCUGAGCGGGAGGGAGCUUGCAGACCCCGGCUCAGAGCAGCUGUCUGGACGCCGUGGGUUUUGGGGUGGGGAGCCCCGGCGACUGUGAACAUGGACCCCGCCGCGGGAGCCUGUCUCAGGAUGCUCUUUCUUUUGUCUGCCCAGCCCUGGAGUACAUUAGCAGCAGGGAAUACUUAUAGCUGUGAUGCUCCUCUGGCGUCUGCCUUGCCCCGGGCUUCCUUCAGCAGCUCCUCAGAGCUGUCCAGCAGCCACGGCCCUGGCUUUGCAAGUCUUAAUCGCAGAGACGGGGCUGGUGGCUGGUCUCCCCUUGUGUCAAAUAAAUACCAGUGGCUGCAGAUUGACCUUGGAGAAAGAAUGGAGGUCACAGCUGUGGCCACCCAGGGAGGAUACGGGAGCUCCGACUGGGUGACCAGCUACCUCCUGAUGUUCAGUGAUGGCGGGAGGAACUGGAAGCAAUAUCGACGAGAGGAGAGCAUCUGGGGUUUUCCAGGAAACACAAAUGCAGACAGCGUGGUGCACUACAGACUCCAGCCUCCCUUCGAAGCCAGAUUCCUGCGCUUCCUCCCCUUAACCUGGAAUCCCAAGGGCAGGAUUGGGAUGAGGAUUGAAGUGUACGGAUGUGCAUACAGAUCUGAGAUGGUUCAUUUUGAUGGGAAAAGUUCCUUGCUGUACACAUUUAAUCAGAAAUCGAUGAAUCCAACAAAAGAAGUUAUUUCUUUGAAAUUUAAAACCAAAGAGAACAAUGGGAUUCUACUCCACAGAGAAGGACCAAAUGGUAAACAUAUCACCCUGGAGUUAGUUAAAGGAAAACUCAUCUUAUUCCUUAAUUCAGGAGAUGCUAACCUGCCCUCCCCUGAUGCCCUCAUGCUGGGCAGCCUGCUGGAUGACCAGCACUGGCAUUCUGUCCUCAUUGAGCUCCUUGAUACAGAUGUCAACUUCACCGUGGACACACACACUCAUCAUUUUCGGGCAAAGGGAGAGUCCAGCUAUGUGGAUCUUGAUUAUAAGAUCAGCUUCGGAGGGAUUCCUCGACAUAGAAAAUCAGUGGCUUUCCCACAGAAAAACUUUCAUGGCUGCUUUGAAAAUCUCUGUUAUAAUGGGGUGGAUAUCAUUGAUUUGUCCAAGAAACACAAACCACAGGUCCUCAUCAUGGGAAAUGUGUCCUUCUCCUGCUCGCACCCGCAAACUGUCCCCAUGACUUUCCUGAGCUCCAGGAGUUACUUGGCUUUGCCAGGCACCUCCGGAGAGGACAGAGUGUCUGCCAUCUUCCAAUUUCGAACGUGGAACAGAGCAGGGCUGUUGCUGACCAGUCAGUUUCAACACAGGUCAGGAGCUUUCAUCCUUGUUCUUAAUGAUGGAAAACUCAAGUUGAGUCUCUCCCAGCCUGGACAUCCAGUAAGGGACGUCACAGCAGGUGCUGGAUUGAAUGAUGGGCAGUGGCAUUCUGUGUCCUUAUCUGCAAAAGGGAAUCACCUGAGUGUGAUGGUGGACGGUGAGGCAGCCUCCAUGGCUCAUUCCCUGCGUGGGCAGAUUGAUUCAGGCGACACCUAUUAUUUGGGGGGCUGUCCUGACAACAGCUCUGACCCUGGAUGUGCAAGUCCCCUGAAUGGAUUUCAGGGCUGCCUGAGGCUCAUCUCCAUUGGUGACAAAGCGGUGGAUCCCAUCUCCAUACAGCAGGGGGCGCUGGGGAGUUACCGUGACCUCCAGAUAGACACCUGUGGCCUCACAGACAGGUGUUUGCCCAGCUAUUGUGAACAUGGGGGUGAAUGUUCCCAGUCCUGGGACACCUUCUCCUGCAACUGUGCACACACUGGUUACACCGGUGCAACCUGCCAUUCCUCUGUCUACGAGCAGUCAUGUGAAGCCCACAGGCACAGAGGAAACUCUUCAGGGCUCUACUAUAUCGACUCAGAUGGAAGUGGCCCGCUGGGACCAUCCCUUGUAUAUUGCAACAUGACAGACACUGCAUGGACCUCAGUGCAGCACAAUGGCUCCCACUUGGUUAGUGUCAAAAGCUCGAAUGGAGAAAGCCCCCAUCAUGUGUUUUUCAAAUACACAGCCAGCAUGGACCAGCUCCAGGCCAUAAUUGACUAUGUGGACCACUGCCAACAGAAGCUGACUUUCCACUGCAAGAAGUCAAGGCUUUCAACUCCCCAUGAUGGAACCCCAGUGAGCUGGUGGGUUGGAAGAACCAAUGAAACACACACUUACUGGGGAGGUUCUCUGCCUGAUGCUCAAAAAUGUACUUGUGGAUUAGAGGGGAACUGCAUUGAUUCUCAAUAUUACUGCAACUGUGAUGCUGACCGGAAUGAAUGGACCAGCAACACAGUAGUCCUUUCCCAUAAGAAGCACUUGCCGGUCACUCAGGUUGUGAUGAGAGACACAGGGCGACCACAUUCUGAAGUGGCUUAUACACUGGGGCCUCUGCUCUGCUCGGGGGACAAUUCAUUUUGGAAUUCAGCUUCCUUCAAUACUGAGACUUCAUACCUUCAUUUCCCUACAUUCCGAGGAGAGCUUAGCGCUGAUGUGUCUUUCUUUUUUAAGACCACAGCUUUUUCGGGGGUGUUUGUAGAGAACCUGGGGAUCACAGACUUCAUCAGGCUAGAGCUGCGAGCCCCUGCAGAAGUGACCUUUUCCUUUGAUGUGGGGAAUGGGCCUUGUGAGGUCACGGUGCAGUCCCCCACUCCCUUUAACGACAAUAGGUGGCACCAUGUGAGGGCAGAACGGAACGUUAAAGAAGCAUCCCUUCAAGUGGAUCAGCUCCCUAGGGAGACCCAAACUGCCCCAGCUGAUGGGCAUACCCGCUUGCAGCUCAACAGCCAGCUCUUCGUGGGUGGAACAGCAAGCAGACAGAGAGGCUUCCUGGGAUGCAUUCGGUCUCUAAGGUUGAACGGGCUGGCCCUGGAUCUGGAAGAAAGAGCCACAAUGACGCCAGGAGUGGAGCCAGGGUGUCCAGGACACUGUAGCAGCUAUGGACACCUGUGUCGCAAUGGAGGGAGGUGUAGAGAAAAACGCAGAGGGAUCGAAUGUGACUGCACCUUCUCUGCGUACGAUGGGCCAUUCUGCGAGAAUGAAAUUUCUGCCUAUUUUGGAGCUGGCUCCUCAGUGAUUUACGACUUUCAACAUUACAAUGACACCUUCAGUAAGAACUCCAGCUCCUUUGUGGCUUUAUUUCAUGAGGAUCUGACAUUGAUAGGAGAAAUGGCCACACUGAGCUUCCGGACCACAGGGAUGCCCAGCUUACUACUCUAUGUGAGCUCCUUCUAUGAGGAAUACCUUUCAGUUAUCCUCGCCCCAAAUGGAAGUUUGCAAAUCAGGUAUAAGCUAAACAGACACCGAGAACCUGAUGUUUUUAACUUUGGUUUUAAAAACCUGGCUGAUGGACAGCUUCACCAGGUGAAGAUUAACAGAGAAGCAGCAGUGGUCUUUGUCGAGGUUAACCAGAAUGCAAGGAGACAAGUCAUCCUGUCUUCAGGGACAGAAUUCAAUGCUGUCAAAUCCCUCACGUUGGGGACAAUUUUAGGACCUCCCGGCGCGGACCGCGACACGCAGCGGGCUGGCGCGCUAGGCUUCACCGGCUGCCUCUCGGCAGUGCGCUUCGGUCCCGCCGCCCCGCUGAAGGCGGCGCUGCGCCCGGGCGGGCCCGCCCGGGUCACUGUCCGCGGACACGUGGCCGCCGCGUCCCGCUGCGCGGAGGGGGCAGGGCCCGGAGCUCCAGCGCCGGAGGCGACCCGACCGCUCUCAGGUCGUUCUGGAUCAACAGAUGAGGGAGAGCCCUUAGUUAAUGCGAACAGAAGUGACUCCGCGGUCAUCGGAGGUGUGAUAGCAGUUGUGAUAUUUAUCUUGCUCUGCAUCACUGCCAUUGCUGUACGCAUUUAUCAACAGAGAUGGCUAUAUGAAAAAAAUGAGUCGAACAUUCCAAAAACUGGAGACAAUGCUGAGACUGCUCUGAAAAGUGAGCUCAACAUGCAAAGUACAGUCAGUGAAAGCCAGAAAGAGUAUUUCUUCUGAUCAGCAGUGGUCGUUUACUUAUUACUAUGAUGAUGUGACUGUCUUGCUAAGCCAGAGGCUCACAGUGGAUGAAGCCCCCCCUCUUGGCCUCCUGGGACAGACGGUGGGUGUGCAGCGCCAUCAACUUGCUCAUGCAUGGUCCCUGGAGGCUCUGCUCAGUGCUACUUCUUGAUCUACUUAUGUAACAGUGACUUAGGUGUGCUCAUUAAUUACUGUCCGGCAGUUUCUGACUGUUCUGACUUGAUCUCUGAAAUUGAAAUGUAUUUUGCAUAAUUAUUUUGGGUUUUAAGUGAGAAUAAGAAUUUGAGCUGUGGCCCUACUCUUAAAAAUUCAACACGGAAGUUUAUGAAAGUCAAAGUUGGACUCUAAUGUUUUGUGUUACGUGGAAACCUCCGUUAUGCUUCCUUUAUCAAUCACCUGCUGACAUUUAUAAACCGGGAAGUGCUUCUCGGAUGGCCUUCAGCUGCAUUCCCAUAUUCCUGUGAACCAGAGCCCAGUGGCCAAAACUGCAUUAGAAACCUGAAAAACAUUUUUUUGGCUGAUUGUUUUUACUAUUUGUCUCUUUUAAAUCAGUUUUGAUACAUUUUAGUGACGAAAUGAGUGUUGAAUGUCAGCUAUGAAAUUCUGCUAGUAAGUUCAGAUACAGAACAGAGAAUUCAUAGGUAGAAAAAUGUGUAAAGGAUUUCAAUCUGUGAUAAUUUGCUUAUCUUUCUUUGUAAUUUGUCAUUAUACUCUUUGUAAAUUGUAAUAACGAUCACCUAAUGAGCUCACAAAAAAAUGUAUAUUUUCUAACUAAACUUGUGCCCAUAUAUAAACUCCAUGUUUAACAUUGGAAAUGUAUCCUUCAUCCACAUCUGAAUGAAAUAUAAUCCUAAAUUUAUUUCCUUUAUAUAUGAGGUGAUUAAGUCACUUCACUUUUCUUUGUAGUCCUGUGAUUU